GCAAAGUAGUCCAAAAUAACGCACUCUUGCACUGUUGCCCAUCAUGAGCCGGACUUACGAUGGAUGGAUCUUCACCAAGACGCGUAAAUUUGCGUCCAAUGGACGCCUUCAAAUCGGCCAGGUCCUUGGCAAACCAUUCCAGCCCGAGUCGGCGCUGAUGCCCCUUGGGCCACUCCCAGUGCCCAAGGAUGUGAUUGUGGAUGAGACGGAAGACAAACACGUUUCUAUUUCGUCCGAGAGCGACCUCAAAGUCAUGUUCCGGAUGUGGGCGGAGCUCAAUCCCGUCCCUGUCACUGGGGAGGCUAAUAUCCAUGUCGACCGUUCAGAUUCGGCCUCAUGGCACUUCGACUCGCUGAAGAGCCAACAGAUCACGCCACCACUUACCUAUGUCCAAGACUCGAUGGAACAUGAUGAAGUGCCAAACUAUUUGAAAAAAUGGCGCUGGGAUAAGCGAGUAUUCAUCGUGACUGGUGUCACAGUUGCUGAAGGGGCAACGACAGCCAUAAAGAAUGCACGAACCGCAGGAUUCAAGGCUUCGGCCUCUGGCGACCCAUCGGGGACUGGAUCUGGCGGAUUGGGUAUGGCCGGCGAGCUUGAAACCAAUAGCUCUAAUGAAGAGACCACUGGCGAAUCAAGCAAUUUCGUGUUUGCAUAUAGCGUCAACGAGGUCUACUAUCGCCGUAUGACACAUGCUCCAUUCCGUAAAGGCGAGGUCCAAAGCGUUGGGGACGAUGACAAAACGGAGAUUCAGGACGGAGAGACUGGGGCAAUAAUCGAAACCGUUGUUGUUGAUGACAUAGAUGAGGAACCUUAUGAGGGUGGCGAUGAAGAUGUCGACAAGGAAGAGGCCUGGGAUGCUGAGAUUUCGAGUGUUAGUGAAAACUAGAUGGUUACAACACUCAUAGCCCUAUGACUGAGAUCCUGGAACACUGUGGUAGCCACCAUUGGGAGAGAUAAACAGCUUAUGAGAGACUGUGAAUUCAGCAAAGAGAAGACUAUACCAACGGUUUCCCUCGCCUGGGCAUAAGCCUUGAUGAAGAUGACUUUAUCCACUAAUGAGGAUCAAUCAGGGUUACCUUUGAAGUUCUCUGCGAUAUGCAUUCUUUGCAUUAUUGAACACCCUGUUAUCGAGUGGCUGCAAACUGUGAGACCAAUAAGUCAAUAUGUAACAAUAGAAUCUUAUACAAGAUCAAAAAAGUAGGUAGUUAUCCACUCAUAUUGAAUUUUGAGUGAGUGAG